AUGGAGGAUUCCGAGAGGAAGAACGAAUCGUGGGCUGAGGGUACAAUCCGUCAAACCCCUGUUAACGUCUCUGAAGCCUCAAAGCAGGCCGCGAAGAUCGAUGAUUGCGUGGACUGCCAGGAUGCGCGAGCCAAAGUCGAUGAUGACGCAUCUGGCGUGAAGGAAUCAGUCGAGGAUGACGCUUCCAGCGUGCAGGAAUCAGUCGAAGAUACAUAUCUUCCAGCCGAAGACACCCCCAACCCGCCCGAUGGUCCCAACAACCACAACGGACUAAUCAUCACUGUCGCCGGCGUGGCUCUGGGUGUAGCUGCCACUCCGCUGGUCAUGCCAGCGGUGCUUGGGGCUCUUGGUUUCAGCGCUGUCGGACCUGUCGCAGGUUCGGUUGCCGCAGCUUUGCAGUCUGCCGGGUGGGCCGGGGGAGUAUUCAGCGCAGUCCAGAGUGCUGCGAUGGGUGGCUACGGAGUUGGAGCCGUGACGGGUGCUUUCGCUGCGGCUGGAGGAGUUGCGGGUGGUGCCGCAGGUGCUGCUGCAGCAAAAGCCAAGAAGUAA